GGACCCCCCACCGCCGGUGGCUCCUCCAUCAGUACUGUUGACUUUCUUCCCUUGUCACAGCUUACUAGCUAAGAAAAGCACUUUUUCCACCAUGGCCACUUUCCCCACCGAUCUUUGCCCCGUCUACGCUCCCUUCUUCGGCGUGAUGGGCGCCACCGCCUCCGUCGUCUUCACCUCCUUCGGUGCCUCCUACGGUACCGCCAAGGCCGGUGUCGGUGUGACCGUCCUCGCUGUCAUGCGCCCUGAGCUCAUGAUGAAGUCCGUCAUUCCUUGCGUCAUGGCUGGUAUUAUUGGUAUUUACGGCCUCGUCGUCUCCGUCCUCAUUUCUUCCGGCAUGCAGUGGAACGAGUACACCCUGUUCGCUGGCUUCAUCCACCUUGGUGCUGGUCUCGCUGUCGGUCUUGCUGGUCUUUCUGCUGGUUUUGCUAUUGGUAUUGUUGGUGAUGCUGGUGUUCGUGGUACUGGUCAGCAACCGAAGCUGUUCGUCGGUAUGAUUCUUAUUCUGAUUUUCGCUGAGGUGCUCGCCCUUUACGGCCUCAUUGUGGCUCUGGUCCUCCAGACUCGUGCCGGUGAUGCCAAGUGCGUCGUCUCCUAAAUCAGACCAGCUCGCGCGCGCGCCCAACGCCCAACGCCCAAGCUGCUGCGAUGUUGUCUUCUCCCUCCCCCCUUCCCCACUCCAGCGGAGCAGUGUGUCCCCUGUGGGCCCCCCCUCCCCUUCCUUCCUUCCUUCCCACAACACAUACACUGCCGCGCUGCCCUCCUCUUCCUCCCUUCUCCUCCUCCUUCCAUCUUCCUCAAGAAAGGCUGUUUGGAGCUGCGAGAUUGUGAUGGGGGGUGGCGCGGCCUGUCCUCUUUUCCACAUGGCCCCGUGCUUUUGUCAUAUAGCCUCUCGCCAGAGCCCCAUCCUCGCAAUAAUACAGUCUGCAUCAGAGUUUCA